GAGAACAAAGCUGAGCGCUCAGAGAGAAGAAGCGAGAGUCGAGGUAGAGCAACAAGGCUGCAGAAAAAGGAACAGAAUUAAGAAAAUAAAAGGGAAACUCAACAGCCUCGCUGAUGAUCAUCCACCAUCUUUAGGGAACUAAAUCUGAGAGAGAGAAAGAGAGAGACAGAAAUAAAUCCAUCACCAUGAUGAAGUUGUGGAGUCGCCUCUGCUUCCUCGUUCUAGCAAUUUCUUCAAUUUCCAGAGGACAACUCGAUUCAACUUCUGAUUCAUCACUUAAGGAAGGUUCCCCUGCCCCCAGGACUGACAACCCAUAUAACCAGUCACUGAAUGAAACUGAAAAUAACUCUACCAACCCCACGGAGGCCUCCCCCCCUUUUAAGACUACUGUCUCAGAGAAUGCAACAGAUGAUCUUUCAACAGACAGUGAGACUACGGAAAAAACAAGGAAGGGAGACGAGGAUGACAGUUCGUUUAACACAACAGUGGGAGGCGGUGGCACCACAAAGGCACCUGUUACAGCCUUGGACAGCACGACAGGGAGCGUGAGCGAGGGCGCUGGAGUUGGCAGUGUGACAGUUUUUCAGGCGACCUCAUCAAAGCCAGAGGAAUACGCGAGCGGUUCAUCCUGGGGUUAUGUGAUCCUGGUAUUGAUCAUCCUGGUGAUCAUUGUCCUGUGUGUCAUCCUCUACUUCCUCAGGAGAGUCUCCAGGACAUAUUCAUUUGACCUUCAGCGCCCAAAUCCCAUCAUCAAUCAAUUCAACGAACCCACUGGCACCUUUGAACCAGUCUACCUGGAUGACCUAGAGCGACCUGCGCCUAAAGAACAAGUGACCACCAAUGACCUUUCAACUCCUCCAGUAAGCAACGGCACGAGUCUACAGUCGGAGGAAAAGGGCUGUAAUGGAGAGAACGAUCCACAGGAAGAGCCAGAUGCAAAUGGUCUGGAGACUUCGCCCACCAGUAACACCAGCCCCUCAUCAGGCGAUGACCCAGCUGACAAGACGUCCAACUCACCGAGCAGCACCAACCUGUUCUUCGAUGCUAUUGGGGAGACACAGCAGAACGAAAACAACAACAACCCAUGCAUUUUCUCCACUGACCCAUUUGUUGAAAUAAACCUGGACGAGCCAGCGUGGUGCAAUCAGUUCCUCACCUCUCCUGAAGCUACCUCUUCUGUCCUCCCCUUCUCUCCUUUCUCCUUCUCCUCCUCCUCUUCUUAGCACCUUCACCGAUGACUCUAAGAUCAACAUGGAGGCUGUGUCUUUGAAACACCUUCAAGACAUCAACAAUGUUCUCUUGUAUUUACAGUCUGCUCCCGGCUAGUUUGAAUCUUUUGUCAGAGAACAGCAUAUAAAUCUCAACCAAAAAGCUGUAAAUACAAAGCUAGCUUGAACCAUUUUGUUGUGGUUUGUUUAUAUGCGUUCUCCACUUCAAACUGAGCAGUCUGGUAAAGUUUAAUGUUUUUCUAAAUGGAGGUCACAUAGUAACCUUCUUGUUCUCAGCUCUGGUUUCUAUAUCAUAAUAAUGAGUCAAACAACAGUCUGCUCAUUUAACCAGAACUAACCGUUAGCUAGCUAACUAGCUAGCCAGAGUAGUCAAAUUAUCCUCAUUCAACCCCAGACGGAAAGAUUAUUUGUGUGCAUUUUGCAUUGUUUAACUGACCUCUAUGACUUUCAAAGAAGAAAUAUUAAGUCAUUUCAAACAUCAGUCAUUUCCUGACCUGCUCACCACCUGGGCCUGUGCCUAUUGGCCUGUUGGGUAAUCUCAAACUACAAGAAUGUAUUGCUAGCAAGCUAUUAUAAAUCUGUCUCCUAUGUAGCUGUGGUAUCACCCUGACUAAAUGGUAUUUUAAGUGCCAUAGUUACUGUAAAUAUAUUUCCUAUAUAAUAUAUUUUCAGUAACUCGGAAAUGCUGUAAAACACAUAUACAUUCAUACAUAUUUUAAAUCUGAAUUUUGUGAGGUUGUGAAUGUCUGUGUAUAAUACUAGAAAUUGAUAGUCUUUAUGCCUUUGUGUUUUAACUUGCAAUAUUUUUAGUAUUUGUUUAUACCUAGAUUUCUUUGUAGAAAAUAACAGAAGACAAAUUAAAAAUACAUUUCAUUUUGUCUCUGUUUUCAAUCAAACUGACUUAAAUAUGUAAUUUUCUUUAUAGAUUUUUUUUUUGUGACAGGAUGAAAUAGCUUCAGGUAAACCUUUACUUGGAUGUUCAUUGUUGAAUAAAUGAAAAACUUUUAA